GAAUUAAAUACAACUUUGAUUUGAUUUUGUUACGAUUUCGUUUGAUAGAUCGAUGUAAAAAUCAUAGAAAAACUCUGAUUUGUUUAACGCAUAAAGCAUAUCUUGAUCCACCUUCAAAAUGACACUGCCAAAGUGUCUCGGGAGCGUGUUUCGACUGCAACAGUUCAAGUGCAGACUCCACAACAAGUCUUUCAGUGCAAGAUGUCUAUCGUAUUCCGACCAAUCCCAUGUAUGCCAUCAGGCAAACAGACAAAGGAGAGUACAUGUGUCAAAUUCAGUUGGUGAUUUCAGACUCUGGGAUUUCACCUGCAUUGACAACUUGGCGAAGCAGUUUCCCCGUUGCCUCCAGACUGAUGCCAAGAUGGCCAAGACUGAUGCCAAGAUGGCCGAGACUGAUGCCAAGAUGGCAGAGACAGAUGGCAUUCUGGCAGACAUUCAUGAAAUCAAAAAUGCUGAUGAACUUCUAAAGGUUUUUGAAACGACUGGAGUGGAUCAGUUAGGGCCUGUUCAUGUUGCUGCUGCUCUUGAAAAGUUGACUACAACAUUCUAUGCCAAGAUGGACCAAUAUCCAUGGUUCCAAUGCCAAAAUCAUACGAUUGGCUAUAUUCAGCUUGUGAUGAACAAGCAGUUGGAACUGGUGACAACUGAGUUACGGCGGCACGAUGUGUAUAAGCUUUUGUUGAAACUUGUGGAUAAGCAUUUCAAUGACCUCAACGGGCUACAGCACUCUGUUAUAUAUCUCAGCCUCACUCGACUGGGUUUAGCUCCUGAAGAUGACCUGUCGGUGAGGUUGCUGGUCCGAGCUCCCGAUCUCUCUCAUGACGCAUCGUUCCAAACUCUAGUUCACUUCUGCACAAUGCAACUCUCUCAAAAUCGCCGGAAUCCAAUUCUGACACAUCGCAUUUUAGAAAAGCUGAGGCAAGACUUGGAUAGUUAUAACUUGGAGCGGGAUGAGAGUAACUUGGAAAACAUGGCUCAGUUAUUACUGUCAGUCAGUUACUUGAUGUCCGAAUCACUUUGUGAAAGGAUUCUCGACAAAAUCAAGUUAAUCAUCGACAGGAAUCCGCAAGUUCUACACGACCCUGAUAUUCUUGGUACGAUGUUAAGAUUAGGCCGUAGAAUUAUUGUACGUUUUUCACCAGACAAGGCCACUCACCAACAGUGGAUUUUCAACCACUGUGAGAACACACUGCGUAACUGGGAGGACUUCAGUCUUUUCAAUGAUAACCAUAUCGCAGAAAUCUGUAGUAAUCUGCAAUUUGGUAUGCGCUAUCGAAAAGAGUUCUCAGCAAAAUUCCGUCGCCGUAGCCUAGAACUUAUUGGUAAGAAGAAAAUAUGUGUUAUUUCCAACCUGUGUUAUGCGUUCGACUCGUCGAUACCACCGCAGGAAAGGCGCGUCAUUGAAACGGCCCUCAUCCAAACAAUAGAGGAUGCAGAUUUGUUGAAUUUGUCCAAUUUAGCUGAGUCAUUGCGUCUGAUGAAUUGCACAAAUGUGGACCUUUUGGACAAAUUCCAGGAGAAAGUGAUAGAAAAUUUGGAAAGUGUGUUCGAAUAUGUGACUAGAUUUGAAAAGAUUGUUCGAUGUCUGCUGUGGAAGAACUUUAUUAAUCCAGAAAAUGAGCGAGUAUUUGUGCAAGCUUUGUUGCAGAGUUUAAAUGGCGGUAAAACUCAAUUCGGCACGCGACUUUGGAGCAUUGCGAUGGCAGCCACUUAUCUUCUUCAGAAUACACGCUACGUUAUUCCGGAUAUUCUUUAUAGGAAACUUGUGGACAUCAUCCCGCAGUGCAGCGUCAAGGACUUGUAUCCGGUGAUGAUCGCAAUGAAUUCGUUCCAAAAGCCAAUGGCAGCGUCGACUCAAAGCCAGUUGUAUCAUCUGCAGACCAUGAUUUAUACGAGCAUCAUAGAGAGACUUGACUCAAUUCUCAGCAUCAAUCUUCUUACGUCCAUGUUGCGGGAUCUGGUCAUGAAAAGCAGAUCUCCGGAUCCUAACUUGAUUGAAAAACUCAUGAACCUUUAUGUCUCAUUCUCACAUCCCGAUGUAACCAACGAAGAUAAGUACAUGAAAAUCAUUGGAAUUCAUUCGCGAUUGAGUUACCACAGUCCGUUGGUCUUAGACAACCUCACGGAAUAUGCGCUGAAAGAUAUCGAUGAUAUGGAGAUGAGAAAGCUACUGAGUCUGUACUCGCUGUUGAUGAAAGUGGGUUACGUGCCGCAAAAUAUGGACGCACUUGUUGAGAACACCAUGGUGAAGUAUGAAAGAGUGAAAGAAGCUAUGAGAAUCCCGGAUAGAAUUCUGCUGUUUCGGGGUCUGGCCGAGCUGCAGAUCUUCCCCAAGAAGCAGAUAAUGGAUCUGUUUAGUCUGGACUUCAUCCAACUGGUGGAUAAACAUAUUGCAGAAAACCCAUCAGACAAGAAAUACAUAGAGCACAACAUGAUGAAUUUGAACCGAUCAGUCGUGCUUGAGUGCCCCGAGUUGGAUGUCCCAUGGUUCCAUGAGCAAUACUGCAAACAGGAAUUGUCAGUCACUGACCAGCCAAGAUCGAUCUUUAUGGCACAAGUUGGGGACAUUCUGUCGGAUAUCUUCGGAGGAUGGGAGUACGUGAGGAGAUGGGUGUUCACGCCCUACUAUCACACUAUCAACUUUGAAGUGGUCCUUGAUAGCAAUGGAGAUCCUGUCAACUUGGUCCAAAUAAAGUCACUUCCAGAUAAUUGCCAGAGACUUGCAAUAAGAACGUUGUUCUACUCUCAGUACUGCUACCACAGGCGUACGCUCAAUGGAUUCGAGAAGGCCAAGCAGCGUCAUCUGCAGCUCCUGGGCUACAAGAUUGUUGAGAUUCCCCUACACGACUGGAAUUCAAUGGGCCUCUCCGACAAAGAUUCGAAAGUUGACUAUAUCAAACAGAAAAUAUCUUCAUGACGUCUUGGAAUACGUCACGUGGCGAGUUGCGGUCUGAGUCAUAAGUAACAAUCAAAGGGUUGACUGAGUGAAUCCAGCAUAAUAACGUCGAUAAGUGACUGAUGUCUUUUAGUUGUAACUGCUGGUCAAGACUGUCUGCUGGCCUAAUUAUCAAAGAUGAACUGGCUUUUUAUGCUGUUUUUCGUGAUGAUGUCCCGGAUGUUUUGCGGAACGGUGUGAGCCAUAAUGAAUAAUGUAUGGAUACCAGAAGAGUGAAAUUUUGCGCUUGUUAAUUCUGUGUAUUGGGUCGGACUGCAAAAUUGAAAUGUCCGCAAAAAAAUUCCUGACGCAAUCCUAAUUCACAGGACUUCUCCUGUGCAGUGAAUAAGUUACUGUAAACAGUGAAAUGGUCAAGAACCUUUGCAAAUUAGUUGAUGGACUAUUGCAUUUGCUGCCAAUGUUUGCUGGUUGAUGCAUUACAGUUGAAUGGUGCGUGCAUUUCAAGUUAGACAGUGCACUGAUGAAAUAAAGGGCUCGACAAAACUUCACGGUUUACAGAUUUUGAUGAAAAUCGAAAUGUAAACAUGGAUGAAAUGAUUUUUUAAUAAAC